AUUGGUCGCUGGCUGCACCUCUGACUGAGCAUGUGUGUGUGCGCCGCUUAGCUGUUAGCACUCAGAGAUGGCCGCAGACAAGCAAAACGAAGGCAAAGUUUCACUCACGGACGAAAACAAAGAAAAUUUACCAGAUGGAGGACUUGGACUGGAAAUCCUGCAAAUCAUCAAGGAGUCCCAGCAGCAGCAUGGCCUCAGGCAUGGAGACUACCAGAGAUACAGAGGAUACUGCUCCCGCAGACUGCGUCGGCUACGCAAGACUCUUGGUUUCAAGAUGGGAAACCGGCACAAGUUUGUUGGGAAGAAAGUGACGGUUGAAAUGCUUUCUGACAACAGGUACCUUUUGCUGGUUUUGAUGGAGGCAGAGCGUGCGUGGAGCUACGCCAUGCAGCUGAAGCAGGAGGCUAACACAGAGCCACGUAAACGCUUUCACCUGUUGGCUCGACUACGCAAGGCUGCCAAGCACAGUGAGAAGCUGGAGAAGCUCUGCGAAAGCCCCCGUGUUGAUGCUAAGACGAAGCUGGAGGCACAGGCCUACACUGCAUACCUCACUGGUAUGGUGGAUUUUGAGCUGCAGGAGUGGAAGCUUGCUAUGGAAGCUUUCAACAAGUGCAAGACCAUCUAUGAGAAACUGGCCAGUGCAUUUACUGAGGAGCUGGCAGUUUUGUAUCGUCAGCGUGUAGAUGAGAUAUCGCCAAACAUCCGCUACUGUGCUUACAACAUCGGUGACCAGAAUGCCAUUAAUGACUUGAUGCAGAUGAGACUGACUGGUGGAGGAGGAGGGAUGAUGGCUGAGAAACUGGAGGCCCUGAUCACUCAAGCAAGAACCAAGCAGGCAGCCACCAUGAGUGAGGUGGAGUGGCGAGGACGAUCGGUGCCGGUGAAGAUCGAUAAGGCCCGUAUCUUCCUGUUGGGUCUGGCAGACAACGAAGCUGCCAUCGCUCAGACAGCUAAUGAGGAGACCAAAGAGCAUCUGUAUGAGACUCUGCUGGCCGAGUGUAGAGACACCAUUCAAGCUGUGAGAGAGGAAAUGAAGAGCGAGGCGAAGCAGCGAGAGAGGAGCUCUGAUGGUGACAGUGGGAAGGUGUCCAACCUGCAGUUCCUGCACAGCUACCUGACCUACAUCAAGCUGUGUACGCUGGUGAAGAGGAAUGAGAGCAUGGCUCAUACUCUGCAGGCCAAACUGAAGGAACCUGAGACCGACGAGACCAAGAGGGGGCCCCGUCCCCAGGAUCUCAUCCGCCUCUACGACAUCAUCCUGCAGAGCCUGGCUGAGCUCUCCACCCUGCAGGGUCUGGAGGAUGACCACACCUUCCAGAAGGAGGUGUCCCUCAAGACGCUGGUGUACAAGGCCUACAGGUGUUUCUUUAUAGCCCAGUCCUAUGUGCUGGUGAAGAAGUGGAGUGAGGCGCUGGUGCUCUAUGAGAGGGUGCUGAAAUACGCCAAGGAGGUCCAGUCGAAGGCCAAGAGCUUCAACAACAGCCUCAAGGACCUCCCUGAUGUCCAGGAGCUCAUUGCUGAGGUCAAUGCUGAGAAAUACUCACUUCAAGCUGCUGCCAUUUUAGACACUGAUGAAACUGCUGAGGUUCCUUCACAGCAGCAGGUCAAGGACAACACGCCCCUCAGUGAGCGCCUGGAGACGUUCCGCCUCGACCCCACUCUGGUAGGAAAGCAGCCCAAUCUGGUCCAGUUCCCCCCUGACUUCCAGCCGAUCCCCUGCAAGCCUCUGUUCUUUGACCUUGCUCUCAACCACGUGGCCUUCCCACCGCUGGAUGAUAAGGUGGAGCAGAAGGGCAAGGGCGGCCUCACCGGCUACAUUAAGGGCAUCUUUGGCUUUGGCAGCUAAACCAAACCACAGGUUCUGACCUCCACAGGAGAGCCGCAAGGCUGAGUUCAUCACAACCAACAAGACUUGGAUCAGUUGUUAGUCAUUUCAGUUCUUUUUGAUUUUUGGUGCCUAAGUGCAAGAUGGGUGGAGUUUUUAGUCCUGAAGAAGGCAGGGGGAAUCUAAUCGUCAAGGUUAAAUUAUAGAGUCAGUAAUUAGAACAAUUUCAAGUAGCAGUGUGAUUCAAAGUCCACCUGUCAACUUUAGUAGAACCAUCAGGAUGUGUAGGUGACUCACAUGCAGGCUCUCUCCUUGAUUUGAACUUUGGAGAUGUCUGCGCCUUCAACUUUUACAGUUGCCAUGCCGUGGCAUUGAAAGUUACAGCCAAGUUGUCAAUCUCAAAAUCUCAUCAAGUAACCAAAGCCAUUUUGGCUUCUUUUUCUCCCUUUUUACACUGUUAUGGAAUCGCCUUCAUGUAGUUUUGUCGCCUUUUUUCCCUCGUGACAUUUUCUGCUUUGUUAAACCUAAAAUUUAGAAAAUUUAUUUUAUCUCAGCACCUUUCAUGAAUUACUAUAAAUAAUCCUUCAACCAGUAGUUUGAUGAAGUCCAACUGAGGGAUUUUAUUAAUCAUCAUGCUUUGACCAGUUCAAUAUGUGAUUCAAACCUUCAGUAUGAACACCUUUUAUUCCUGACAGAUGUUUUACAGGAACUGCUUGCAGACAGCUCAGGAUAAAAGAUAGAGGAUCAGCAGUGAUGCAACACUAAACUGGAUAUGGUGGUAUGCUGUUUGAAAACACGAAAAGAACGAUGCUUUGUUUGCUGUUUCUUAUCAGUGAUUUUUGUUAUUGGCUUUAGAUGUUUUUUACAUCCAAAGCCAAGAUGUAAAACAGUCAUUCUACUGUUUUACAUCUUGUAAUCAGUCAUUUUACCAAGGCCUCUCUAAAACCCAGGCUCUGACUUCAAGAACAGACAACAGAAGGAUGACUGACAAAGCCAAGAAUCACUCUUUAAGAUAUUUUUCUUCUUUAAAAAAAGAAAAGCUGUAGAGUCCAGUGUCUUUACUUUGUCUGUCGGUUACUGUCUACGCUCUUUAUUAGGUUAAACUAAGAUCAAAGUUAAAUCGAAUGCAGCAGUCCUGCAGUAAACCCUCCUUCAUGAAGGAUUUCAUAUUUUAUCAUUUCUGGUGUUAAGUUUUUAUUGUUUUAUAGAGCUGCUGAUUUACUGUUUGUGGAGCUGUUGGAUAGAAUCACAGUGUUUAUUUAGAUUAUCUCACUGAUACAAGCAGAGUGUGCAAAAUGAUAGAAACACCGUUCAGUUUUACUCUGUACAACUCAGCAACAUAAAUUAGUUUUCAUCAAAGUAGAACUCUUUGUAGGAUUGUUUAGCUUCCUAAUAAACUGGCAAAUGUUUGUUGUACUUUGGCAUUUGGCUUUAAACUUGUCAGAAAAGGGUCCAACUGAGCUCUUAUUUUGAAGGCUUUGUGCAGAAGUUCCUGCUGGAAAAGUGCAGCUCAUCAGACUAAUUAAUUCCUGUCUUGUUUUCACCCGGAUGUAUUUUUAUUUGUAAAAGACAGCCAUAGAAGUUCAGACACUGAAGGAGUUUUUAGCAGCUUUUCAUUUGUCACACCACCACGCCUGUUUUCUUUGUCUCUGGUCGGACUAAAGUGCUUUCAUCGCAAAGUUACACGUCUGUGGAUAGACAGUAAUGCUAGAAAAAUCCUCAUCCAUUGUUUACCUGUUAAAACUCAGAAUCAUGUCUUCUUUCCACACCAAAGCUGAGUUUCCUCUGUGCUUUUAGGGACCUGGUUUUCCUGUGACACCUGGUGAAACUAGAGGACUGUAUGUUUGUAACUCACCCACUCGCAUCCAUUUAUCUGUUUUGCUUACUUAUUUUUAUCUGUCUUUUUUGUUUUCUUCCACUCAGUGUUUUAUGUUAAUGAUUUAAGAUGGAUGUGCUGGAGCAGCUUCGGCGUUUUGCCUCCGUUAACCUGGAAAACCGUUUAGUGAUGACUAGAAGUUGCUGGAAACAUGCAGAAAGAGAACAUAAAUGAUGAGAAUGUGUGAUUUCUUUUAGUUUCCAGGUAUAUGAUUAAAAAUAUUUGCACCAA